AUGGACGCAGCCACUGUUCUUUCCAUCACAGUACGCGUCUCCGUCCUAACAGCACACGUGAUAUGGUUCCCCAUCCAGAAAAUUAUCAAUCUAGUCAUUAUUCUACUACUGCCAUUCUACAACGUCAUCACAUUCGCCCUACUACCAUUCAUCCACCUUGGACAGGCACUCAUCAGAGUUUUGUCCAUUCCAUUUAGUGUCAAGUGGUUAGAAAGAAUAGAAACACUAUAUGUCUACCUUGGAACCGCCGGCCUCAUAGGAUGCAUCACCGGCACCAUCCUCUUUGUCAUCUUCAGAUCUCUCUCAUCAACCCUCAAUAUCGACGCACCCAUUGUGCCCAAGCAGCGUGAAAAGGGAAGAACAGCCGCAGAAUAUAGAGCUGCGCGGCGUGUGAACAAGGAGGAUUCCAUCGACCGUUCACCGAGUGCGACGCCUGUAGUGUUGAAAAAGGUACCUGGGCCUCGCAGGCGGGGUCUGCUCUCGCAAGCCAUCAUCGAAGAGGAGGAUUCCGACUUUUGA